CAAAAAUGGAAUCAACAACCAUUGGCAGUGAACCUGUUCUUGACAAACGAGAAGCCGAGACACUUGAAAAAGAAGUUCAGCCCAUAAAAAAACAAAAAGUCGAACCAGAUUCAGCGCGACCACUUCCACGCAGCAGUCGACGUAAACCAGACGAUUUCCGUUCAAUCGAUGACUUGAAUUCAGCAGAAUAUUAUAUUGAAGAUGGUCUUCGUAAAGUCAAGCCUUAUUUCUUUAAAUACCAAGCUUAUGCAAAAGGUCGUUGGUUAGGCCGUAGCCUCUUGAGUGUUUUUACAGAAGAGUUCAGGGAUCGCAGCGAACAAUAUUAUAAAUAUGCAAUUGAAAAGGGUUUAAUUACCAUUAACGAUAAACCUGUCAAGAUUGACACAAUUGUCAGAAACCAAGACAUCAUUGGCCACCAGAUCCACCGCCACGAACCUCCUGUGACAGACAAGGAUAUUGUGAUUGUAAAUCAAGACAAGGAUCUUUACGUGGUAAAUAAACCAGGUGGAAUUCCGGUUCACCCGGCUGGAAGAUAUAGACACAAUACUGUAAUUCAUGUUUUACGAAAAACACAUUCGAUACCCAUUCUAUUCCCUGCCAAUCGACUGGAUCGGCUCACAUCGGGGCUAAUGCUAAUUGCCCUGAAUGCCAAACGUGCUCAGGAACUCGAACGUGAGAUGACGACAGGUAAGAUUCGCAAGGAAUAUGUGUGCCGAGUCGAAGGUGAAUUCCCAGAGGGUGAGAUUGUGUGUGAGGCGCCGAUCAAGACAAUUUCGUUUAAAUUGUCAUUAAACUAUGUCCACGAGGAUGGCAAGGACUGCACGACCGUAUUUAAACGUCUGAGCUAUAAUGGCAAGACCAGUGUGGUACUCUGUAAGCCCCUGACGGGCAGGACCCACCAGAUUCGUGUUCAUUUACGAUACCUUGGGUAUCCGAUUGCCAAUGAUCCCCUCUAUGGAAACAAUACCUCAUGGGCACCCAUCUUACAUGCAGGCAAACAUAUGUCAGAAGAAGAAUCAAAAAGUCUAGUAGAUAGUCUCUUGGCCAAUUCAGAAUACCAAGAUGGCGAUUGGCAGCCAGUAGCACCAGUUCCUCUCCCAGUACCUACAACAAAUAGAGCACCAGAAUCAGAACCAGGAUUAGAAUCGGCACCGGAAUCAGUACCGGAAUCAGUAACAGAAGAAAUAACCUCAAAUGAGCAAAAAUGUGAUGAAUGUAGUAUUGCACUGCUUGCUGAUCCGGUACAAAGUGAUCUUUAUAUCUGGCUUCAUGCCUUGCGCUACUCAGGUGAAGAUUGGGCUUAUGAAACCGAACUUCCUGAAUGGGCCACAGAAACAUUUGAAGACACAUCUUGAAUAAGUUUAAAUAUGUAUAAUAUACUUCUUUACUUUCUUUCUUUUUUGUUUAUUAUUUUAUUUGUAAAUAAAAUGAAUAGGUUGAAUUGUUCUUUCUUUAAUACAUCAACACAAACAUGACUACAGAACUCUGUUCUUUUUCUGGUUUUUUUUAUCUUCUUUCUCUCUUUUUUUUUAUGAUUCUUCCUGGUUGACUGGCUGCUUUUCAGUAAUAGUCAUAUUGUCUAAACCUGCCAACACAGCCUUCUCUGAUUCGCUGGGAGGAGAUGCCAAAGAAUCCUCUGGGCCAGAUGGUGGUGUGCUUUGUUCAGCAGAUUCUGAACGAUAAGUAUAUCCACUAAUAAACAAGCACAAACAAUUUUAAAUACAAAUACAAAUGCUAAUAAUGAUGAUAUUAUAUACAAUGCUCGUCAAUUAACUUACUUUGCAGGGUUUUGAUAGUAUGCUGACAUAUUAGCCAUCGGUGUGGGAGCAAUGCCCAACAUAGUCUCGGGUGUAAUUGGCAUCUGGCGAAUAGGGAAUCCACCCAUGGAUUGGAAAUCGCGAGGUCUAAACAUACGCUUGCGUGCAGUCUGGUUCUUGAGUUUCUUUUGAGCUGGCGAAUCUGCAAAUCGAACCUGUAGUGGUGCCGAAGAGCCAGGGAUACUAUAGCCACUAAACUUUUCGAUGAUAGUCAUGGCUGAUCCACGGUCCGA